AUGGCCCGAGAUGUAGAGGCGGCAAUCCUGCUGGACAGGAUGCCUCAGCAGACAGAGGUUCGUGUACAGGAGGACGAUUGGACAGGCAGAACAGAUGCUGCUGCCCGGAGGAAGUUGCAAAACCGUCUGAAUCAAAGGAUCUGGCGAAAUAGACGCCGGGCAGAACGGCUUGGCCAAGUAUCGAAAUCAAGUCUGACCUUCUCAGCUCGAGAAAUCAGGCAGAGUCCCAAGUCCCUUGACUCUUCGGACGAAUCAACGUCUCUAAGUCAAGAGCCCGGUGCAGUCAUUGGUCGGACCUCCCCUCUUGAACGAACUACUAGACGAAAUCCUUGUUUCAACGACUUGGGUCCGGAUGGUAUCCUGGAAUUGAUGAAGCAAUACGAAAUCGCAGCCCGCCAAGCUCACUUGCUAGGUUCUCCCAGAGUCGACCAACUCCUUACGCUUAUCCAAUUCAAUGUUUUCCGAGCCCUGGUCAGUAACACUUCCACGCUCGGGUUUACUAGGGAUUGGCUACAAGAGGACGCUAUCUCUCCAUGGAGCUCGAAGGACAAAUCAAUCAGUAGUUCCUGCCCAGCAAGUCUACGGCCAACUGCGGUUCAGAGAACAAUAGAGCACCAUCCCUGGAUUGACCUUUUCCCAAUACCGCGGAUGAGAGAUAAUAUGUUGCUGGCGGGAGACUCUUAUGAUGAAUACGAAUUGUGUAAUGACCUUGUGGAUUUCUGUGACGUGCCGAGCGAGAGGACCGGUCUUAUCGUAUGGGGUGAGCCAUGGGAUCCUUCUGGAUGGGAGAUUAGCGAAUCGUUUUCAAAGAGAUGGGGUUGGGUUGUGAGGGGCUGUGUGGAACUUCUGGCAUCGACAAAUUACUGGCGCAAGCAACGAGGCGAAGAUGCGUUGGUGAUUCCGCUAUGA